GCGCCGGGGUCUCAAAAGGGCAAAGAAAGGGCACGGGACAGCCACGUGGGGGUCCGUCCCCCUCUCGGGGCGCUGGUUUUCUAGGGCGUUUGCGAGGAGACUGGAAGGACGGCGGGCCCGGCGCGACUCCUUUGAGGUCCCCAGCCCUGGCUGCGCCAUGCGCGCUCUGCGAGCAGCCCUGACCCUGGCUCUGGGCGCGGGCCUGGGCGCUGCGGCUGAACGCUGGCGGCGCUGCGGGGUGGAGACGCAGGCGACGCCCGGGCUGCUGGGCCGGCUGCCGAUGUUGCCCGUGGCCGCGGCGGCCGAGGUGCCCGCGGUGCCCGGGGGACCGGCCGGCCUGGGCCCAGGUGAGCUGGCCAAGUACGGGCUGCCCGGGGUGGCGCAGCUCAAGAGCCGCGAGUCGUACGUGCUGUGCUACGACCCGCGCACCCGCGGCGCGCUCUGGGUGGUCGAGCAGCUGCGCCCCGAGCGUCUCCGCGGCGAUGGCGACCGCCGCGAGUGCGACUUCCGCGAGGACGACUCGGUGCACGCGUACCACCGCGCCACCAACGCAGACUUCCGCGGCAGCGGCUUCGACCGCGGCCACCUCGCCGCCGCCGCCAACCACCGCUGGAGCCAGAAGGCCAUGGACGACACCUUCUACCUGAGCAACGUCGCGCCCCAGGUACCCCACCUCAACCAGAACGCCUGGAACAACCUGGAGAAGUACAGCCGCAGCCUGUCGCGUACCUACCAGAACGUCUAUGUCUGCACUGGGCCGCUCUUCCUGCCUAGGACAGAGGCCGAUGGGAAGUUCUACGUGAAGUACCAGGUCAUCGGCAAGAACCACGUGGCGGUGCCCACACACUUCUUCAAGGUGCUGAUCCUGGAGGCAGCGGGGGGGCAGAUUGAGCUCCGCUCCUAUGUGAUGCCCAAUGCGCCUGUGGACGAGGCGAUCCCGCUGGAGCGCUUCCUGGUGCCCAUCGAGAGCAUUGAGCGGGCCUCAGGGCUGCUCUUUGUGCCCAACAUCCUGGCACGGGCGGGCAACGUCAAGGCCAUCACUGCCAGCAGCAAGUGAGGCGCAGGCCAGGACUGUGGGCGGGGUGGGGGCCGUGGCGGAUUAAAGGUGGUCAUUUUUGGAGCCAA